AGCUGCCGGGGUCUUCUUCCCUGCGGGGAGGCGAAGGAAGGAGGGCGGCGGGAGCAUGGCCGGAGGGGAGCGAGGCGGCGGCGGAGGGGGCCACGGCAGUGGCGGAGGCGGAGGCGGCGGCCCGUCGGGGUCCGAGAGUCGCGAGCACUUGUUCAAGGUCCUGGUCAUCGGCGAGCUGGGCGUGGGGAAGACCAGCAUCAUCAAGCGCUACGUCCACCAGCUCUUCUCGCAGCACUACCGGGCCACCAUCGGGGUGGAUUUCGCCCUCAAGGUCCUCAACUGGGACAGCAGGACGUUGGUGAGGUUGCAACUCUGGGACAUCGCAGGUCAAGAGCGGUUUGGCAAUAUGACCAGAGUGUACUAUAAAGAAGCUGUAGGGGCCUUUGUAGUCUUUGAUGUCACAAGAGGAUCAACAUUUGAGGCAGUUUCCAAGUGGAAACAUGACUUGGACAGUAAAGUCAUUCUGCCAAAUGGUAGCCCAAUCCCUGCUGUUCUGCUCGCCAACAAAUGUGAUCAGAAGAAAGAAAGCAGCCAGAAUCCUUCUCAGAUGGACCAGUUCUGUAAAGAGGGAGGUUUUGCUGGGUGGUUUGAAACGUCUGCUAAGGAUAAUAUCAACAUUGAUGAAGCUGCUCGGUUCUUGGUGGAAAACAUCCUUGCCAAUCUCAAAACCUUUCCUAACGAAGAGAAUGAUGUUGGAAAACUAAAACUGGACUCCGAUCCACUGAAAGCAGAAAGUAAAUCUCAGUGCUGUUAGUUACGUUUUUAUCUUUUAUUGAUACACUAUGUGAGAGCGGCAGAGUUCUUGCUUCUCGAAGUGGGCAGCUGCUAUGGUGCUUCUUCACAAUCCUCGGGGUGGGUGGGUUCUGAUUUCUUUGAGUUGGUCACACUCCAGGUGUUUACACAUCUUUAUUUUUAUUGCAAGUAGGAGUGCAAAAUUACCAUGAACAUUACGCCCUUUAUGAAUCAUUUAGAAUGGUUGAAAGGGGACAUCCUAUUUAACAAAAUUGUUCUGUAAGGAUUCAUUGUGAGAAACUCUGUCCCGACAUUUGCCCAUCACAAGACCGUUUCAAAAAGAAGUGUCAUUCAUUCAGAAUGUUUAUUUUGUUCAGCGCCAUUUUCUUUUUGCUUAUUUCCCCUUGAGUACAAUGGGAAAUUUCCCCUUAUUUUCCCCUUGCUUUGGCCUCUCUUUUAUCACAUUCAUCCCUAUUCAGUACUUGGACAUUUGGCAAUCAAUGCAACAUUUACAUCCAAGUAAGACAGGACUGAUGCUAAGCAGCAAGAGGCAUGCCUUAUUUACAGUGUGGCCUAAACUAUGACACAGUUGGAAGGAAGGAUGAGAAAAUAAAGCUGGUGUAAGAGGAUUACAGAUGUCUGUGCUACUCACAAAUGAGAAGAAUUCAUUUCUGACUUUCAUAUGCAGAUAAUGGAAAUAAUAAAUAUUUUAGUAUUCUUGUAUGUGUUAAGCAAUAUUGUGCACAAAGACAAGUUAUCUCUUCUUACACAAACACAAUAAUUGUAAAAGAAAUGUUCCCAGGAGGUGUGUGUAUGUGUGUAUGAAUGAGAUGGUAACACAGAAAAUGAUCUGUCGCUACCUUUAAUUUCUAGAUUGUGGUAUUAGUAAACCCGUUAAUAAUGGUGUUUGUCUAAUCCUUGUAUUUUGCCACUUUUAAACACUUGAAUUCAGUUCUGAUUAGGGUAUUGUGCAUUUCUACACCAGGACAAUUUACAAAUAUAUAAUGUAUUCUUGGUUUAUAAUCAUUGCUAACAACCCUAAGGUUGUAAAAACCCAGGUAUAAUGAAAUGAUAAGAUGCUGUCUAUCUUGGAUUGUUGAUUGCUGACAGUUUCUAUCAAAGUUUGGAGAAAAGUCUGGAGAAAUUUUGCUACUCACUGCACAGUGGUGUUAAAUCUGUAACUGGCAGGCUAGAGUUGAUAAGUGUAAUCUCUUCAUGUUAUACUAAUCAACUAUAGCCUGCCAGUUGCUCCAAAUCUAGAAGUAUGAUGCUCCUAACUUUCUUCAGGUUUAAACUGGGUCACAAACACACAUUUAUGUUCCAGAAGAUAGGCGUACUGCCAUAUAAAUGUUUUUAUAAUACAGAAAAAUAGACUUUUCAUAAGGUACCCUUUGGCACUUAAAAAAAUCCCAAAGACCACACUUUUGUUGGCUAGUUUUUUAAUUUUAGACCUGCACUUUGUUGAAAUUUCCAAAAGGUGAAACAUAUUUUUAAUUGUGAUUUGCUUCUCUAUUCUCUGAUGAUUCCCAUUUAAUUGAAUGCAUCAGAAAUUGAGCGUAAAUAACUUGUGGUUUUUAUGAACAAAACUGUAUGCUUUACAAGGAAGAAUAAAUAAACAUGGAGACUGUGAAAAGAUAAAAUCUUUCACAGCUGUAGUAUGUGAGAUCUCAACUGUAGUUCCUAAAGUUGCAAUAGUUACUAUCAGUAAAGUACAUAAGAGAGACCUUCAGCAAUCUCAUUGUACCAUUUCAUACAACAGUUCUCAGGGUAGAAAAGAUCUAUAUUUAUACAGCUGUAACAACUACUAGAGAAUCAGACAGAUACAUUACACUGCUUGAUGAUACUUGUGUUGCUGAUGCGACAUUGAUUUAUACACCAAAUUGGUGUGUGUGUGCGUCCGUGUGCUUAUUGCCAAUUGAUGUUGUUUAAAGAGAAAGCAAUUUGGUAUGUCCCAGUGCUAUUAAUGACCUUCAGAAAGGUCAUUACUGGUAAAAAAAAUAGCUUUGACUUAAUGAAGAUUAAAGAAGAGGGUGCAGCAGCAAGAUAGAAGCUGAAUGCUGAGAAUGCAUUCCCUAACCAUCUCUUAAUAAGGAAAUAAAUGACUUUUUGAACUUUAUGCAUAUCACUAAUUGUUUAAAGUAGUUUUGGUUUUUCCAGCUACAAUUUUCUCAGAAAGCUAAAACGAGGAACUCUUAUUGUAUUUCAGUUCUGCUGCUUACAGCAGAGGUGUGAAUCACAGAUCUUGUGAGCCCCAAAGCUAUUUUUUGUACUGAUAAAGUACCCAGGGUCAAUAAAUUAAAAAAACUGAUUUUUUUUUAGGGUGCUAAAAUUCCCCCUAUAGGAAAUUGUGUUUCUAUGAGCUGCUGUUCUCUUGUAAGCAAGACAUGUCCCCAUACCUUGUUUUAGUAGAAAAAAAACAUUAGUUGGUGGCUGAGAUAUUCAUAUAGAGGAUGGUAUAGACCCUGAGAGAUUCUGGGGUCAGAAACAUGGUAUCUGGCCUCUUGGAGAUUGCCCACUCUGAUUUACAAUAUAUUUUCUGGUGACACUGAAAUCAAUACACUGAAAUUGUGAUCAGUUUGAGAUCAAGUAUCCUUCAGCACCUGAGCAUUUCGUCAUUUAUUUGAUUCUAAAGGAGAAACCACCAUCUCAGAAUGUAAGAAAAGAUACCAUUUAUUUCAAUUUAAAAUUUCUGAAUGUGUUUUGGCCUGAAUUUAUGGCCACCUUCAGGGGCUGUAUGAGGAAAACAAAGUAAAACAAAAGGGACAGCACAAUAACACUUGUACUCUUUACAUUAAAAUUCAUAUAACCACCUAAAGCAUUAACACACAAUUCAGAAAAGAGAACAUUCAACCAACAUAUUAAUAACAUUUAACUGACAAACAGCUGUUAUAUUUUAUACAUACCUUAUGGCAUAGUGGGAGAAAGGUCUCCUAUGUAUGGAUGUUAUAUUACCCUGGCUGUUCUUCAGGGAACAACGGCUGGGGUAAGAUAACAUUCAUACAUAGGAGACCAUUCUCCCACUACCUCAAGCCAUCUGUUGGAGCUGGGGGCAAACCAAGAGAGAGAGAGAAAGGAAGAAAUUAACUGUAUGUAUAAAAUAUACAGUAAUGGCUAUAUUUGUCAAUUAAAUGUGAUUAAUAAUAUGCUGGAUGUAUAUUUGCUUUUGUGAAUAAUGUAUAUUAACAUUUUAGAUGGUUAUUUGCAUUAUAAUCUAAAUAUGUAAAAAUGUUAGUUGAUUGUGCCCUUGUAUGUUUUUCUCAUACAGCUCGUGAAGAAGAGUAUAAAUUUAGGCAGAAAUGCACUGGGCAAUUUUAAAUUGAAAUAAAGUCUGAUACAUUUUCUUACAUCCUGAGACUGCUUCAAAAUCAAAUUUAGUGGACGCACAAGAUCCUGUUUUUGAUUACUGUUUCGUUCAGUCAUUUAGUAUCUUCAUGUGUGGAGCCAUUAAUACUAUGUUUACAGUGUUAAAAUGCAAGGAUAUUUUUUUCUCCACUUCCAAGAAUGAAUGGCAUAGCACUGCUAUUUUUCUUCAUUCUGUAUCUUCUUACAGAAUGCAGCUCCAUCCCUAAAUAUUGUGUGCCUCUAGUCCUGUACAUAAAAUAAAUGGAAAAAUGGUAACUAGCACAUGAAAUUAAGUCAUUAAAGGGUAAACAUGGAUGUCUGUAAUGACUUCUGCAUACCGCACUUUAAAAACUCUCAGUCAUUAAAAUAUUGCCCAGAAUAUGAGUGGUGGUUGCAUUUGGUUGAUGUAAUUUGCUAUGACUAGUUGCAGCUAAUUGACAGGAUUCUGGUGUGCCUCCCAGAUGCAUGCCUGGUCACAUGCCCAAUUGUGCAACUGAGAUGCACCCCAACACCUCAUCAAACAGCCAUAGCAAAAUUAUGCAAGCAUAUGUAGGAUUCCCAACAUUAAGUGUCAAGCUGCUGCAAUAAUGGUAAGGGCAAGGCAUUGGUCGUUACAAAAUAAACAUGGACUUUCACAUUUAAUUGAUCAGUCAGUUUCUGUUUAUGGAAUCUUCUAAAGAUUUUUUAUAACAUGGAUGCAGGGGUAUUGAAAGUGUUAUUCUACCAGAGUGUAUUUCAAAAACAUAGCUUGUAUAGGUUGCCUUCCUCCUCAGUGUUAAAACUAGGUUUGUCUGAGUGAAGUAGGAUGUACUACUAUUGGCUGCAGAAUACAACUGAGCCUUCAGCUCUUUGGCCAGAAUCCUCUUGCAUGACAUGAUUGAAUAAGGGCAAGAGGCAUUAGCUGUCUUUCUGGCUUCAUGUUAUGUCCCAGCCAUGUCCUGGUUGCACAAUUGAUCAUGGGACAGAUAACUUAAAAACUCUUUGCAUAAGUGCCUUUAACAUGUGUGCAAAAACACAACAGGAUUUUGGCCUUUAAUACUUGUAAAUCUUCUUGAAAUGUCUGGGCAAUGCAUGGUGACAUACGAAAUCCAGAGACAUUAUAGCAUAAAACAUCUGAAGUGGAGCGAGGGCUUCACUAUUCUCUACAACUUUUUAUGCUAGAUUGGUUAUCAAUAACUGUGUGCAGAAGAUCUAUCUGCAAUUAAAUAGCCAUCAGUAAGGGGCUGAGGAGGAUCUCUGCCUGAAAGCUUGGAUACUGUUGCCAUUAUUGAUUAAACACUGAUAGGAAAAACUGAUUAAUGGCCUGAUGUGAUUGAUAUAAGGCCUCAACAUUGCAUUAUAUAUAUGUAUAAUUGUUUCAUAAAACAUUUGUUUAGCUUUCUGCUUUAGAAAAGAUGUGAUGUACAUUAAGCAAAAUUAUUAUGAAGCCAUACUUUUUUUGGAAAACCCUGAAAAGUGUUGUCAGAAGUUAGAAUGACUUGAUAGCAGAUUAUUAUUAUUUAACAAUAGAUGUUUUGGAGCUAUACUCCCAAAGAAGACUGGUCUUCAGUGCUGGCAUUCCCAAGUUGUACAUCUUCUCCAAGCUCUUACCUCAUGUUGAGUACCUGUAGAAGAAAGAUACUCAGUCAGAGUGUCUGAUUUGAGCUAUCUAGGUCUGUAGCUUGCAAAACACCACUUAAAACUUUAGCUUUAGAAUGGAUCAGUUAUUAUAGAACCAGGAGAUACAGUAACCAGGAAAUGUAGCCCAACCAAGAAGCUGAAGUUUCUGAACAGUUUUUAAGAAUGAUUAUGAAGUUGAAGUGGGUCUAUGAUAGUAACUUGCCAGAUAAAAAACACUACCAGAUAAGGAUCACUGGUUGUAUCAACUGGCACACCAUUGGCCAUUCUUGAGGUCAUCUGGCUGUCCAAAAGUCACAUAGUCAUCCAUAUUCGAGCUGGAAUGUGACCAGAACACAAUACCUACCUUUGUUUGUCAGUGAGUCUACUAGCUAUUGCCUGUUCACAUCAUCUCCAAAGUGAGCUUCAGUUUUGUUCACUAUUGUUUGAUUUAUUGUCAAACUAGAUAUUCACAAAGGAGGUUGCACCGUCUCAUACUAAUGCAAAUGCUGAACAUAAGAAAUGUCAUUGCAUAUAGUGAACAUGAAGAUUCCAGACACCAUCAGUCAGUGAGUGGUUGCAGGUAGAUGUGAAAAAUGUAUUAAAGAAUGGGAUAUAAAAUGUAGAUAUUAGAAUGUAGAUAUUAAAAAGAAUAGGAUACAAUAUAUAGCUGCUAGUUUUGACUCCUGUAGGACAAAGUGGUAGCUUUCCAGCACCACCUUCUGGAACUGAACAGAGCAAGGAGAAGAUCUUAAAAGUAGUGCCCUUAUUUUCAUGCUGUACAAGCAGUCCAGAAGACAAAAGUGCUAGAAGGUAUAGAGGAUUCCGGUAGAAACAAAAGGAUCUCAAUAUCCGCAAGGCAGUUUGUUACAAUAUAUGCUUACAUUUUAACAUUCCAGUAGUAUAAAUGGGGAAGAUACUAAGUCAAGGAAUUUCAAAGUAAUAAGCUGGCCGUGUAUUGGCUCCUUUUUCUUUGUUUCCUUCCUGCUGCCUGCAUAUCUUCCUUGAGAACAACAUGCAGAAUUAUAUAGUAUGCACAUACUACACAAAACCUGCUUUCCCACAUCACCUGCGUUGACUCCUAAGGUUGGAAAGUGGAACAACAGUUGUUUCCUCUGAAAAAUUUUGUUUCCUGAGAUUGGGUUUUCUAUAGUAAUUAAACAAAUUUUUCUUUUUCUUAUUCCUUUGUUCAUUUGAGAAUAUUCCAGUCGAACCCAUCUGCCUUAUGUUUUAAUUGUGCAAUCCUGGCUAUGUCUACUUAGCUUAUUGAAAUGAAGUUCCAUUCAGCUCAGUGGGACCUGUAUCAAGGCAAACGUGUAUAGUAUCACAGCCUUAUCCUAUUUGUGGAUCCAGAAGUAUUUGCACUGCUUGAAAGAACACGGCUAGAACAUUUGAGACAUAUCCUAAAUUAUACAUGUGGGAUGAUGGAAUGAAGCAACACUUGUAGAAUGAAAAAUAUGUAGGUUAUAUCCAUGCCAGUGGUUCUGCAUGGGAUAUGCCCUGUGUCAUAGGGUGGUGCAUGUAUCUUCUGUCUUUUCCUGAUCUGCGUUUGUACUUUGUCAUGGCUCAUGAUUGUGGCCAUUUAAAACCAAACUGUGCACAACAUGGAGGUUCGAAACAAAGCCUGGAAAAGUUACUUUCUUAGUACACAGCUCUGAAUAUUCCCCCAGCCAGUUUGGCCAGAAUUUUCUAAGAAUCCUAGGAAAUUUUGCCCCCAGAAGUAACUUCUCCAGCUCUAGUUCUAAAUUAGGUGUACCCCAAAUUGUAGUAUGAUUUAGUUGCUAAGUUAGUGCAGCUUUUCCACAGAUUGCUUUACCUAAAGUCUUUCUACCUAAAGCAAAAGUAUGGGUAUAUAAGUAGGCAAUAUAUGAGGUAUUUCAGAGUCUAGUCUAUACUUCCCUGUGUCACCUCAAGUCCAGGAGAUAAGGCUCUUUUAAACCGUGGAGAAAACAGUCUAUUAUGUCAAGUCUGUGCCUGUUUUAGGGAAUAGAACAUGCCCUUUACAUUUAGAAAAAUACUUCAGUGGGGAAGUAUUUUGGUCUGUUUUCUACUUUGAAUUUAGUAUUAAAAGUUUGAUACAUAAUUGAGUAUAUAUAUUUUUAAAUCUGCACUAAAAACAAAAAGAUUUGUGUUGAAAAUGCUCUGCAAAAAAUAAAUAAACCAUGUUUGCGUCUUGUGUUUGGAUAACAGGUUUGGUUCUCCAGUGUCUUCCUGUGUCAUUCUUGUUUAGGAAAAUGUCUUUUUUUAUCUGUUUGCUUAUAUAUUUCCUGUAUUUUAUAGCAAUAAAUUUUUCAGUCAAUG